GGUUCAUUGCCAAAGAUGAUCCAAGUUCAACCGUUGGAGAAGUUCUUACAGAAGAGAAUAGGCACCCACGGAAAAUAGAUACGUUGGACGCAGUUGAUGCCAACGACGUUGUCCUGGAUGUCACUUCGGAAGCUCUCUUCGACGACCUGAUUUGACCCUCAUUGCUCCGCAAUUUUGGUUGCCUUGUUCUGAUUGGAGGAUAAUUCGCCGUCGGCUGCAAUGUGAUUCCCUUAUAGGACUCAAUAAUCCAAAAGGGAGAGACCGCUGGUGGAAUGUUGGGAUGAUGAGAUGUGACGAUUUUAGCUGCCUUCUGCACUGCAUCGUCGCAGGCGUCUGACAGCACCAAAAUAGAUAUCUCUUCGUUCAUGUCCCAAUGUAUUGUGCCACCACCACGGCGGAUCAGUACGCUCGUUUUCAUUUUUAGUUCGGGGCUACUUUCAAAGCCGAUCAAGAAGAACUGAAACUUUUCAAAAAGGAACGACCGCGAAAGUCUGUCACAAGGAGCUACAACUUCGUCCAGGGCAUUAUCCAUAAGUGAAAGUACGGAAGAUUUAGAGGAGCUUCUUGUCUGUGUUUGAUUUCCUUCUGAACUAUCCAUUGUAGAAGCAAGCACAUGGGCCAUUUCAGAUGCUCUCUGUCCACUCUCCAUUGUUGAGCUUAGCCACGAUGAAGUAAUGAUAUGGAUACUUUUAGGAUCGGACGAAACUGCUAGGUUAUAUUUGGCCCCCUGCGCUGCUUCGGUGAUCAGAUGAGUGUUUUUAUCCAAAUUCAGCUCUCGAGUGUAUCUUUUUCCCAAUUUUUGAAUUGCACAAGAGUAGAGAGCCAAUGUUUGGCAGGCCACAAUUUGAGUCGGUGCUGUUGGUUUUAUGUCAAAUUUAAUGAAGAUAAUUGUUAUUCUUACCUUCCACCCAAGGAUAAAAUAAUGUUGUGAAGAUGAUCCUUUCUAUCUUGGGCGAAACCACUCAAACACGCUAUCACUCCCUCCAGUGGGAGAAUGGGCUGGUUAUCACGAUUGGCUUCAUCUCCCUGCACGUUCCGUUCAUUGUUCGACUGUUCAUCGGACGCAUCCUCCAUUUCUCUUCGGCAUCUUUUCCUUUUGACUUUUACGACGUUUGACGACGACAUGAUUGUUUUCGUUCGCUCUGUCUGAAGCCACAGUUAAACAAAAAACUUCUUCCCAAAACGAAAACACAUGUCGAGUCUUAGGGGAAAGGGGGAUGUAGCUGUCCCUGCCUUUCAUAGACUUCAAACUGUACAACACGUAUUAGUCCCAGUGCAAUGUACGGGUACAAAAACUACUUGUGAGUGAUCGAUGUUGACCGAACCUUCGGACAUCAAAACUGAGCAUAACAACUAGGUUCGGUGCGUACCGGUACGUAUUUUUUAUUCGUACUUCUUAAAAUGCUUGCUAGCAACAAUCAGGAACGAAGGACUGAACAAAAAAUGACAUCGAACAAAUCGAGGGAUCGACUUCCUCCUGAAUUUCUUUUCAAACCCCCCCAAAUUGAGAUCCGUUGGGUUUUCGGGAAUGACCCAUUCGGGAAUGACCCAUUGAUCAAUACACAUUUUCCUACUUCCAGUUCCCACGUGUCGUGUGACGUGACCAGCGGGAUUGUACUCGUACUCUUUUUCUAAUGAGCAAAAAAUGCGUCACGUUGAAUUCCAACCAAGUUACCGUACUAAACGAAACGUAGUCUUGGAACAACUACUACUUAAUGUUUUUACGGUAAGUACGGUACAGUUUCAUCAAGAGAUCAAUUUCUUUCUUCUGAAAAAUUUUGGUUCGCUAAAAGUCCUUAGGCCCUCGGAGUAGCUGACUAAAAUGACAUGAAGUAUUAUGCUAUGCGCGUGCUAGAGGCGUUAGGCCUGACUAGGACGCGUGAACAAAAUAAGAACAUGAAAAUACAUUAAAGUGAAUAGCCAAUCAGAAUAGAGAUUUUGAUGUUUGUAUCAAUCGCCGUAAUCACAAGGUUCUCGGGAGAAAGAACUUUUGGGUGCAGAACUUUGAGCAUGUCACGAACUUUGACAAAUGAAGAAAAUCGCCAUUUUCAGUUUCUCGCAAGACUUGUCCUCGGAGUUGUCAUUCGGAUACCUAUGAAGUCACAACAGCAUACCAUUCCGCUUUUCCGUUUUGACCACUGUACGUCCAACUCAUUUUAAUUUUGUCGCAGCAGCACACUAGAAUACCAUAAUUUUUUUUUGAAGCGUUUCAAAACCAUGACAGCAUCCACCAGCAAACAAACAAAGACGACAUCCGCCAUGUCACCAACAAGUAAUAUUACUCUGCCAACAGUAGUACUGCUUAUUGCUACAUUAUCCGUGGCUGCAGCAUUUCAACACAGUGGUGCGAUACAAUCGGCUAAACUGAACACAUUAUUUGUUCACGAUUCGCAGCAGGCGGCCAGACCAUAUUCACGUAAUGAACGUACGAGAAUUUACACGAGUCGUGUGCAAUCCUUAUCGUCACCCACAUCGUUGUCACGGGUGAGGAGGAAACAACAACCAUCAUCAACUCUGACGCAAUUGCACUUUAGUGAUGAUAGCAGCUCUAAUGCCCCACUUGAACCAAGUUGGUGGAGGAAGCUUUUUACAGCGUCGCAGUAUUCCGCGAGUCGUUCUAGUACAGUCACUGGAACCAGCAGUACUGUAGGCGAGGAUGACGAGCAAGACAAUGUCGAUGCCUAUUUAGAAUUUCUUGACCGAAGAUACCGACGCCUUCACUGCGAUGAUAAGAAAGAAGUGAAGGCAAUAUCCAACCCAAAGCAAGAUUCUUCGGAAUUAAAAACAGCGAAACCUUUCUCUGCAAUGGAUUGGCUUAUGAAGGGGAGCGGAAGCAACAAUUCGGACGAUUUGACCACGACUAGGGAACAACAAGAAGAUGCUCUUUAUGUCCUUGGAGUGGCCGGCCUUGCAAGCCAAAAGUUGCUUCAAAAGCACCAUUUACCAACCACGAUGAAUCAACAUACGAAGGGAGUAUCGACAUCCACGAUUGAUAAGGUUGUGGAGUUGAAGGAGCAAAUUGACGAUGCAAUCGAAGUCAACGAAGUCAGUAUCAACACAUCGCUGAAAUCCGAAGUUAAUACCUUGGUAUUGAACAACAUCUUACUUCCCAUUGUCCGCUCCCUGUAUCUAAUACAAAGACAAAAGGAUCUAUUUUUCCGAAUGAUACAAGAGGGAGUCAAGGCCAUCGCAACAAAAGCUACCAACGGAAUUUUAAGCACUUUCUCGCAAGGACCUAAGUCCAUUCUCGAUACCUUACUUUCUAUCGGUGGCGGAAAGCGGAACUUCUUGCGCACGAUUGCCGUUGGUUACGCAACCAUUAUCGUCUUUCGACCUCUCAUGCACGCAAUCUUCGCGGAAGGAUUGGCCUUUGACCCAUUGAUCCAAUAGAGAUACUCAACAAUACAAUUUUUUGGUCCCGAAAGAAGACAAACACCAUACAGCUACAAAGAACAUACAAAUAAAUAGAUCAUCACAACUCCGCAUUUGGAAAACUCUACGUUUUGAGCGGACAACAACUACAAUACAAGAAACCAUUAACAAUAGAAAACAUUAAUCAAG